AUGACCACCGCGACGGCCACCGUUAUUGAGACGCAGAGAGUGCAACUUGCUGCUGCACCUUCAGACCAUGACCGCAUCGAUGACUUACAACGACCUGCAAUUCUACAGCGCUCAACCACAAUCCACAAUCCAUCACCAGGUUUCAGUCACAGACAUAAACAUUCGAAAAAGCUAUCUUUGAAUUUUCCGAUUCUGGUUCCUGCUACACACGAUACACCUCUGCCCUCAAAUGGCUCGCUUUCCUCAUAUGGCCAGUCACCAUCAGCAAUGUCGCCGUAUAGAAAUGGCACACCUAUUUCGGGGCAGCCUAUACCUUCGCCCGAUGAGAUACUUGAGGCAGCAGAUGGUCCAGACUUUCUGACCCUCAUUGCUGGUCAAGAGCGACGAGUCAUGGAAUUGAAGGAAGAGCUUCAGAAAGCUGAGAGUAACUUGUUGAGCUUGAAGAAGCAGUGGGCGACGUUCGAGGCGAAAAAGAAACAUGCAGAACUGCGAAGUAAGUCGGUUAAGCUUGGACCUGUUUCACCUAAGACUGCACAUGCGAACAGUGAAGAGGAUGCCGAACGUGUCAGAAGACGCGAAGCAGCUCGCGAGAAGAAGAUUCGGGAUCUAGCGCUGAAAGAAGCUGGGAUGGAGGGAUCACUCCCGAAUGGCGGGAAAAGGAAAGUGCUUGCUGGAAGACAUACGAGGACUCUGAGUUUAUUACAGAGCCAUGCGCCUACUGUGGACAACGAGAAUGGUUCAAACGUUACCAAGUCCAAGCACAAAUCCAAGACAGAGAGCACUUUCGCCGAUCAAGAUUUGGAGCAGGGCCGGGAGGAUGUCAAGAGGCUAUCACGGCCCUCCAUAUCGCGACAACCUACUCUCCAAGAAUUGAUUGCCAGCUCUGCUACUGGUGCAGCACAACUGAACUUUGGCAAGACAUACAAGGAUUUGGCACAAGCUAGCAGAAAAUCACUGCCCCCAGGAACUGAUGUCUUCAUCAAGCAGGGCAGGGAGGUCUACGAUGGUAUCAACCAAGGAUUUUGGACUUUCGUCGAGGACAUCCGGCAGGCCACUGUGGGAGAUGAGCCUGUGAAUGGUCCACCUUCAGACCACAGAGGAGCAGUCCCACGCACCAGGUCGAAUAAAAAGCUUGUUGUGGACGAUGCGCGUAAUAAGCAAACUAAGAAAAAGAGCAAGAAUUCGGAUGAGCUCAAAGGAGACAAGGACAAUUUUUGGAAGGAGUUCGGUCUCGAAACACCCCAAGCGCAAAGGCAAGCGCAGCAGAAAGCAUCUAGAGAGCAGAAAUCCUCCAAGGAAGAGAAGCACGAAUCCAAGUCGAGUACGGAUUCUCAAUGUCCACCUAGUCUUCUCGCUGACUUAAUGGACGUCAACGAAGACGAUGAGGCUUGGGACAAUUGGCCUGUGGAUUCGCCUAGUGCACCAAGGCAUGGUACGAACCACGUCGUGAUACGCAGCUCGAGCGAGGACGGAGAAAUGGAAGAGGAAAGUCUGGUUGAGCCUCUACCACAGAAAAGAGACAACUCAACGGCCAGUCUUGCGGGGCGGUAG